AUGAAGGCCCAACAUCCAAAUGUUACCCGGCUGAUUGGCUACUGUUAUAAUGUAAAAAAUGAACGCGUUAAGCUCAAUGAUAAGUAUGUUUUUGCCCAUUCGGAUGAAAAAGUUCUGUGCUUCGAAUACUUGAAGGGUGGAAGCCUUGACAAGCACAUUUCAGAUGAAUCGUGCGGACUCAAUUGGCACACCCGCUUCAAAAUUAUUAAGGGCAUUUGUGAGGGCUUAAAUUAUCUUCACAAUGGAUCCAAAUAUCCUAUUUACCAUCUUGACUUGAAACCCGAGAAUAUAAUGUUGGACGAGAAUAUGGUCCCCAAAAUUGGAGAUUUCGGUUUGUCGAGACUCUUCCCUUCAGCACGAACCUAUGUCACAAUCAAAGUCAUAGGAACAAUUGGAUACAUGCCACCAGAAUUCAUCGAGAGACGCGAAAUCACAUCAAAGUUUGAUAUAUUCAGUUUGGGUGUUACAAUCACGAGGAUAGUGGCUGGAUAUGACGGCUACUCCAAAUAUGCAUGCAUGUCUCUAGAAGAAUUUAUUAAGCAUGUACAUGAAAACUGGGAAAAACGGUUACAAGACACAAUGUCGUCGUACACACCAGAGCAAGUUACAACAUGCAUCAAAAUAGCAUUAAGCUGCAUGGAAAACAAGCGUGAGAAAAGGCCUAAUAUUGCCGAAAUUGUUGAUAAACUGAACAUGGUUGAUACAACAGAAAGUUUAUCUAGAAGCCAGAUCGCCAAGAAACGAAGCUGGAACUCAGAGCGGCCCAGCUUCUUCGCCGUCGGCGUGUGGGACGUCUUGUCGCCGCCGGCCGGCCCUUUCUCCUGCUUGUCCCCGCUCGGAGCCGGUGCCACGCUAUCGGAGUGGGCCAAGAUGCUGGGAAGCCACGUGUACAGCAAAUACUUCGGCUCGCGCAUGGCGCGGGACCGGUGGUGGCGGUCGCUGCUGGUGCUCUGGAUCAUCGGCUCCACGCUCGCCUCCUUCCAGCCCUUCCACUACAUCAACUCCAACUCCGUCGAGAAGCGCCGGGACUCGCUCGGCAGCAUGUGCGACGAGCGCGCCCGCAUGCUCCAGGAUCAGUUCAACGUCAGCAUGAACCACCUCCAGGCCCUCGCCAUCCUCGUCAACACCUUCCACCACUCCCAGAACCCAUCCGCCAUGAACCAGGCGACGUUCGCGAGGUACGCGGAGAGAACGGCGUUCGAGCGGCCGCUGAUGAGCGGGGUCGCGUACGCGGUCCGGGUCACGCACGCCGAGCGGGACCAGUUCGAGCGGCAGCAGGGGUGGAGCAUCAAGAAGAUGUACUCGUCUCCGAAUUCGCAGGGGCCCGGUGACGCUGCCGUCGCGAUGGUCCGCGAGCCGGACGAGGAGUACGCCCCCGUCAUCUUCGCGCAGGACGCCUACAAGAACGUCAUCUCAUUUGACAUGCUCUCCGGUGCUGACGAUCGCGAAAACAUCAUACGAGCUAGAGAAUCUGGGAGGGGUGUUCUGACUGCUCCUUUCCUAAUGAAUGGCCGCAUCCGUGUGAUCUUGACAUAUUCUGUGUACAAGUCCGAGCCCCUCGGAAAUGCGAGGCCGCAGGAGCGCAUCCAAGCUGCCAUAGGCUAUCUAGGUGCCAUAUUUGAUAUGGAAGCACUUGUUGACAAGUUGCUUCAUCAGCUUGCGGGGAAGCAAUCCAUCAUGGUGAACGUGUAUGAUACUACUUAUGAGUACCCAAUCAGUAUGUACGGUUCGAAUGAUACAGGCAGUGGCAUGUGCCAUAACAGCACGCUCGACUUUGGCGAUCCAUCUAGAAGGCAUGUGAUGCAUUGCAGGUGGCAAUGGAAAGAUGGAUCAAAGUUGGACGUAUAA